GGUCGACUCUGGACUAUGCCACUCCUCGACUCUCGGCUCGCCGCUUGGACUACCCGGACUGUAUGCUAGACUGGGCUCUCGACUGUAUACCUGGACUGUAGCCUAUUAGUAGGCUUCGGUAGACACGGUCAUGUGAGUGUCCGCGCUCGCGCAAGAGAGAGAGAGAGAGAGAGAGAGAGAGAGAGAGAGAGAGAGAGAGAGAGAGAGAGAGAGAGAGAGAGAGAGACUCUCUUCUGGGGACUUGGACUCUCGACUCGCUAUGCUUCGCACACACACACGCUGAUCACACACGCACACCACACACACACGCACGCACAUACGUUCAUCACACACACAUGCUCAUCACACACACACACACGUCUACAUUUUGGGGCGCAUUUCGUCCGGAUUUGUGGUCGCGAAGCUCUUGUUGGAGGUUGGGCUCUGCGUCGUGAAGGUUGAAGAGGCCGAGUCGUCGUACAGACGACCGGGCCACCAUGACUGAAGGAGAAUACUUCUUACGCACGAAGGGAGAGAUUUGCUGGCAAUGUAAUAAAUGUUAAAGCAUUUUUGAGAGAACAUGCCGGUUGCUAUCCGACUGUCCCCAGGCCACCGCACCCGUCAUGCUCUUUGCUUUUGUUAGCUAAAUUUCCGUGUUUUUUUGGGGCGUAUCGAGUUCAAUUGUAGACGGACCAAGUGGAAUCUUAUGAGCGACGCCUCCAUCACGCGUGAGGGCUGGUGGACAGUGGACGUUGUCUACAUUCCGGGCCGUUUGGCCGUCUAUACGUCAUUGGAAUCGUGCCUUCCUCUGAAGUUCGUUCGUCUGCCCGCUGAAGUUGUGGCGAGAGAGGGGAGAUCAGAGCUAUUGGUUGGCUUUGUACGCGAUACAUACCCCGGGUGUUGAUCAUCGUCAGUUCGAAGUACGCGGAGAAGAGGCGCUGCCUUAAUGCAGUCACCUGCUGGAGCGGGGCCGCCCCCUCCGCUCACUCCAUCUGAUGGAGGCUGGGCGGUGAUGGGGACCAUUUACGGGCAGCAGGGCCAGCAGUUGACUUGUCCAGAAGAGGUGAAGACUCUCUGGGUAGGUGACCUGCAAUACUGGAUGGAUGAGAACUACCUCCACAGCUGUUUUGCACACACGGGUGAAGUCACGUCUGUAAAGAUCAUUCGCAACAAGCAGACGGGGCAUUCUGAAGGAUACGGGUUUGUGGAGUUUGCCUCGCAUCAGGCGGCGGAACGCUUGCUUCACAUGUACCACGGCGCCCAGAUGCCGAAUACUGAGCAACCGUUUCGUUUGAAUUGGGCAUCUUUUGGAAUUGGCGAGAGGCGUACGGAGCAGACAGGGCCGGAGCACUCGAUCUUUGUUGGGGAUCUUGCCCCUGACGUGACGGAUUACAUGCUACAGGAAACUUUCAGGGGAAGGUAUCAUUCUGUGAAAGGGGCGAAGGUGGUCACCGAUGUGCAGACAGGAAGGUCGAAGGGGUACGGUUUUGUCAGGUUUCUUGAUGAGGCAGAGAGGGAUAGAGCUAUGUUGGAGAUGCAGGGAGUGUACUGCUCAUCGAGGCCAAUGAGAAUCAGUGCGGCGACACCGAAGAAGACGAGUGGGGUUGGUGGAGGUGGAGCAGGAGCUGGAGGCACGCAGACGACGGGUGCGAGCGGAAUGGUGGGAUUGGGCAUCGGAGUAGCCACGGUUACAGCCAGUUAUCAGAGCAUAGUUGGAGGUGGAGGGGCCGCUAGCGGGGUCUAUGGGUCUUCGGCUGGAGUUCAAGCGGAGGGGGACCCUAACAACACAACGAUCUUUGUUGGCGGUCUGGACUCGACUGUGUCGGAAGACGAACUCCGGACCCAUUUUCAGCAGUACGGAGAGAUCGGGUACGUGAAGAUUCCGUAUGGAAAGGGGUGCGGUUUUGUGCAAUUUUUGCACAGGGCUCACGCUGAAGACGCGCUAACAAGGCUUCAUGGGACCGUGAUAGGACAACAGGCAGUUCGGCUCUCGUGGGGCCGUAGCCCGGCGAACAAGCAGCAACGAUCACAGCAGCAGCAGCAUUGGGGAUCUUCGCAGCAGCAGGCAGCAGCAGAUAUAACCAGCGGGUGGGGAAUGGUUGCAUCGCCCGGAGGAGCAGCAUACUAUGGCAGUGGUGCGGCAGGGUACGGAACGGGGUAUGAAGCGUAUGGUUAUGCCGUAACAUCAGGUCAAGCGGGGGUAGCGCAGGAAUCCUCUGGGUAUGCCUAUGCAGCGGUGGCAGCCGCGUCGAUGUCGCACGGGUAUGGGGCUUAUGGAAUCUAUCAGCAACAAGGUUACGGUGACCCGGCAGUGGCGGCAGCUGUUGCUGCUCCGGCCAGUGGUGGAGCUCUGGUGCCUGUUGCCGGAGAGGUAACAGGGGGGUCGACACCCUUGGCGACGGCAUCGGGGUUGGUAGUGGGUCAUGUGUCGUCCGCGACAAAUUCAGGUGGUGCGGCUGUGUCGCAACAUACGGAGCAGAAAGAGGACGAAUCUUAUACGGCGGUCGAUGUGGAGGCCAUGAAUUCCUCGUACAUUGCGGUGCACGAGCCGGCGUUGAUUGGCCAUCACAUGUGGAUUCGGCCCCAAGAUCAACCGCACCAUUCCGUACGAGCUUAAUUAAAUUAGACUGCGCGUACUGUAUGCUUGCACCAUUCCGACCGAGCUUAGUUAGACUGCUUGUACCGUGUGCUUGAACUGGAGCUCUCAUGAGUGCAUGCAUGAGUGCGUGGGUGUUUGUUCCCGUGCGCGAGCCAGCAAACAAGCACACAGAGAGAGAGAGAGAGAGAGAGAGAGAGAGAGAGAGAGAGAGAGAGAGAGAGAGAGAGAGAGAGAGANAGAGAGAGAGAGAGAGAGAGAGAGAGAGAGAGAGAGAGAGAGAGAGAGAUUUUCUGGAAGUGUAGGAAUGCAUAUGCGAGAGGAGGGUUUUGCGAGGAUUACAGGCUCUUUCUGAGUUCGUGCCUUUCUGUUUGGCGUGUGGGAAUGCAUUCGUGAGAGGGGGGGUUUGCGAGGAUUACAGUCGCUUCUCUGAACUCGUGCCAUUCUGCGUGGCGUGUGGGGAUGUUUUCAAAAGUAAUGAUCUCUUCACCCUGGUGCGUUUUCAGUUUAUUCAUUCACAUUUGCCGAUUUAUUUUCUGUAUGAACCCUUCUGCCUGCAGAUCGGAUAGCUUGUUGACGAUGUCAAUUAACCAACAGCUAAUCAAGCAACACCUGAGGCUUUGCGACUAGGGGAUAGUAUAGCCGUUAGGGCCACGGAGGGAAUGUGAAGAGGAGGGCGAGAGAGAGCUAAAGAAGGGAGGGUGAAGAGUAGCUUGCCGUCGAAUGGGGAUUAGGUGUUUUUUUAAGGUCCCUCAAUUGAUCAUUCGAUAUUGACAGAGGCGUGCUUGCGGUCAGUGAGGCCUUCACGGCAUUGCGGCUACCUUUCUUGCGCUUAAGGUUUCCCGGGAAAGGAAAACAGGGGAGUUAAGGCCCAGUUUGGUUGGCGGGCGUAAAAAUUACAGCACGCAGAGGGAACUAGAAGGAGAGUCGUGAGCUCUGACGUGCCUGGGGAAGGGGGGAGAGAGAGAGAGAGAGAGAGAGGCUGUUAGUGUUUAAAUCUUUGCAUAGGCUGUGAAUGUUUAAAUCUUUCUUAGGGUAGAGAUCGGGUGUGCAGAACGGGGAAAGAAUGUUAGCCUGGCGGUAAUCGUUUUAUGUCGGUUUUUGUCAUACUCUGAGGAGGGCACGUUGUGUUCCUGCAUCUGGAUAUGGAGCGGAGGAUUGUGGUGCACGGGUAUGAGCGUUGUUGUAUUAGUGAGCAAAGAGAUACUGUGGCAUGAACGUUAUCGAUCGAGGGAUGUAACGAAGUGCUUUUCCUCUGUGCUGACGUGUAUCAUAGAGACUGGCUGAUAAUGUCGGGUCAGCAAGCCAGGCAAGCUGGUGAGAAAAAUGGCCUAACCUGCCCGAUUAUCCCCCUCUGCCGUCCGGACUGAGCUCGGAUGCGUGUACUUUCUGCCUCGGCUUGGGUGCGGUAUGAUCCGAUUAUAGUUUCGGGUCAGCAAGUCAGGCAAACUGGUGAGGAAAAAUGGGCUACCCUGCGCGGUUAUCCCCUUUCCCGUCCGGACUGAGCUCGGAUGCGGGUACUUUCUGCGUCGGCUUGGGUGUGAAGCGACCUGAGAAUGUACAGGAACCCUUCACUGAAUAGAAAACCGCAACGUGGGAACGGGAGGGGUUGACACUGGACGGACAGCCCUGACGCGGGAGACUAUUGCAGUUUUUAGUAACUUCUUUCGAUUUUGAUCAUGAUAUUGCUUAUUCCAAGGUGUGGUCAUGACUAUGGGGCUCGCCACACCAAUCUCAAGAACAAUUUCAGAAUGCUCUUGCAUGGCGGAACUCUAGAAAUUCCACUGGGGAGUGCGUUUCGCCACGCUACACUCUUGGACGGCUAGGCGCCCGCUGAAGCGCAUAGACUGUGUGCACAGCCCAAAUCUGACCCUCUGCCACCCUGAGCAACUCUCAAAUUUCGAGGCAAAGUUGGGAGGUACCGGUGAGGUCUCUCGAAUUUCGAGAGCUGCAGGCGGUCACUCCCACCAAAUUUGAGAACGCUCUCGAAUUCCGUCUUCUCACAGCUCACGACUGUAUUUUUUUAGCCUAUUUUGAGAGUGAUGUGGCGACACCAUGCUCUUAAACAAAUUCGGGAUUCCGAGGUGGUGUGGCCAGGCCCUAUGCGGAGUCUAUGCUCCAACUGUCCUGUUUCUUGUUAAGUGCACUGUCGUCCGGUUUUGGCGUCGUCGUAGUGCAUACCUUUCUUUCAUUUCUUCCUCUGCAAACAGAAUGGUCUCUGUGUAUCUUACAGUGUAUUCUCUCUUUCAGUUGUGGUGACGGUAAUUUUUGUUUCGAUGACAGUGGAUGCUAUUUUUCCUGUUUUUUUCGUUGGCAUCAUCAUGUGCUGAUGCGGACAGAAAUUCAAAGGGCGUUGCAUGGAUUCGUGCAUCUGGUAUUUUCCCCAUGGAUGUCGGAUUUAUCCUGAAGUUUUUGAUGGAAAGCUACUAAGCAUAGGGUAGAUAAAGUGGGCAGGGACAGUAUAGGACCUUCUUUUCAUUUGUUCUUUGCCUUCUGAGUUGUCUGAGGAGACGAUAAGGAGGGCAACAGGAAGAGUGAGCAAGCGGUCAUUCUGUUGCCAGUCUUGCCUGCAAGUGCUAUUUCACAUCACCUGUCACUAACCUUUUUUUUUUUUUUUUUUUUUUUUUUUUUUUUUUUUUUUCAAAAAUGAACUUCUCGUUAUAAC